AUGCCCUCCCUCAAAGUUACGGUCACAGGCGAAUCGGCCGUCACUCACUAUCCCGAACGAGGCGCGCUCGCCUUUUCAGUGAGGGCGAACGGUUCGCGCCAAGAAGAAAUCUCCAAGGAAGUCACUUCGACUUCCAACGAUGUACAGCAAUUCUUCAAACUACUCUGCCCUCAAACAAAGGAGGAACAUACUGCUGCCGAGCACCCAGUGACAACUUUCUCAUCCACAAAUAUCAAGACCUGGUCCCAACCCAAUGAUAGAGAUGGAAAGCCAGCGCCCAACCCACACUACGCCAGUAUUUCGUUCAAGGCCGUGUUUCGAGACUUUUCCAAAAUGAGUGAAGUGAUCGGCAAGCUUUUCAGUUAUCCCAAGGUCGAGGUCGACUCUAUUGAUUGGCGCCUCACUGAUGAGACCGGAAGCGAGUUGGCUUCCAAAGCUCGGAAGAUGGCAUUGCGCGACGCAAUCCGGAAGGCUGAUGACUAUGCUGAAGUGGUACAGCGGAAAGUCGUUGCGGUGGAAAUCACAGACUAUGCACAGGGUGGAUACAGAAAUGUGGCAAUGGCCUCGACUCCAAAGAGAAAAAAGGCGAAGCUCUACGCCAGUGGGCCUGACGACGAUCAAGUUGAUUCACUGGAUCUGACCCCUCAAGAAAUUGAGGUUACUGGGUCUGUGAAUGUGAUGUUCGAAGCCGUGUCGGAUCUUUGA